AUGGCCCUGGCCCACCUUGCUAUACCCCGAAAUCGCCGUGACAUCUCCCGAGCCCGCCGUGGCACGAGUUCAAUCCAGCAUGAUAUUUUAGCCUUUGUUCGCGAUGCUAUCGCCGCAAGGCUCCGUGCUCUGCGUGAAAGAGACGUUCAGAUGGAGGCUGUACUCAUUCUUCUGCUCGUCCUGCAAUUCCUCUGCUGCAAUCCCCGUCCCACAGCCACAGCCCCCUACAACGCCAAUCACUUCAACGGGGCCAAAGUGGCCAUCAUGCACUACGCUACCGAUGUGCACCACCUCUGCAAUGCCAACAUGAACCUGCAUUUCAUCCGGAACGAAGGCACCCAAGCGGAUCUAGUCCUCGUGCAUCCGCCCCACUGGACUCCCGGCAGCGAGUCUCCCUCUGGAAGGUUGCUGCACAAAGCAGAGACGGCGUACGGCGCAAAGUUGAUUCCCAUCCCGGGGCUGCGCCCUCUGGGGGACAAGGUCAACUGGACAGACUACACCAAGCUGCUAGCAUUCAACCUAACACAGUACGACCGCGUGAACAUCGACUCCCUCUUCCGACUGGACGCCGCUCCGCUCGCCGCGCCCCGCGCCUACUGGCUCGGCCCCAUCGACGAGACCAUGCAACUAACCCCUUCCUUGAUGCUCAUUCAGCCCUCCGCCACCGAAUUCACCCGCAUCGUGUCAUCCAUUCAGGACACCUACCAUGCCGAAUCCGAGAGGGAGAUCAUCAACCGCCUCUACCUCGACUCCGCAAUCCUGCUCCCGCACAGGGACUACCUCCUCCCCACGCGCGAGUUGCGCACCGACAACCACACGGAUUUUCUGGGCAGUCCCUAUGCGCCCUGGGAUACAAGCGAAAUUCUCAGACAGGCCAAGUACCUGCUUUUCUCCGACGGGCCCGUCGCAAACCCCUGGCUGCGCACCCCGGCCGCGGUAUGGGCGGGGGAGCAGCAGCCGGCCUGCGGGAGGGCGCCCUUGACUGGGGCGGUGGAUUGUCGGGCGAGGGAUCUUUGGGUGGGGUUAUAUAGGGGGUUUGUGGAGGAGCGGGAGAUGGUCUGCGGACGGGAGUUCGUGCCUCAACCUCGCCGGAAUUCGCGACAGGCCAGAGACGCUGGACAUGCUAGCCGGCUGUGA